AUGAUCGAGAAUUUUUAUGGAGUGGCUCGACAACAUUGUGGCUCCAACACCAAUCUGAACGCUGAAAAUUUCUUGAAUGCUCUCAAUAAUUUUUUAAGUGCCUUAAUUGUUGGCUUACAAUUCAACAAAGAGAAAGAUCAAUCCACAAGAUUACCAUAUGAGUAUUAUUGUUGCUUCCCAUCACCAGAACAUAUUAAUUAUAUUGUUAUUGGUGAAUUUGAAAGAGCAUGUCGCACUUUUGCCAUGCUUUCAGAUGCUGAAUAUGAAGCUCCAACCAUUCAUACUCUAUUGUUUAAUUUGAAUAUACCUGGUAUUGAAGUUUUACUUACAAAAGAAUUCAAAUUGAAACAAUAUUCGAAUAAUGAUAUUGUGGAAUUCGAUAAAUUGGAGCAGCAAUGGAACAGAACACAUCAACCACACAACAUGCUGCAAAAUUUCAAAAACAAACAAUCCAAUGCACAUAUCACCAUUGGAGGAAUUAUCUAUCACAAACAACAAUUGAUACGUCAAGUAACAUUUAGUCACAAAACUUCUUGUGAUGUUUCGAGAUAUAGAAGGUUCGAUAAGAGAAAACCUAACACUAUCUCACAACAAUCAAACUCCCUCUCAUGGCCACUCUAUUCUCAACUGACUUCUCAAGAACAAAUUGAAAAACCAGAAGCAAAUCAGACUCUCAAUUCCGAAUAUUUAAGUAUUGGUGAUUAUGUUCUCCAAUUAGAUGAAAACAAUCAUGUCUUCAUCUGCCAAAUUAAGCAAAUCAAACAGUGGACAAAAAGGACUAAGAAGAACAAAAAACCUUUGCCAGGAUGGGAAGGAGAAGAUUAUUUAUAUUCUAUCAAAUGGGAAUACCGAAGAGAUACUAAAAUGGGAGAGCUCAAUACUUUUAGAUUUUUCAUGAAAACUUUUGUUGUGAAUGAAGCAGAUUGCAGAUUGAUAGACGUUUCUAAAGAUUUUACACAAUAUUAUGAGGAAUUUACUUCGUUUCCAAGAACCGUCAUUGUGGAGAACGGUUUUUUAUGUGAGGAAGAAAGAGCAAAGAAAAAGAAGAAGAUUGCUUCUCAUUGGCAGAGAUUGGAAGUAUUGAAAGACGUAUCUACUGUUGAUAAAUUUGGAGACUUAUUAAGGACUGCUUAUUUGGAGCGUGGAAUUAGUAUUGAACCUCUCUCUCUCGAUCAAGGAAAAGCAUAUGCAACCCAAGAACAUUACAUGUUGUUAUUUUUAAAACAAUUCAAUAUGGAAUGGAGCAAAAUUGGUACUUUCUUUUUUGAUAGAUCCAUCAACUCAUUGAAGAAAAAGUACAAGAAAUUGAAAAGAAAGAUUAAUCGUGCCAGAUUGGAAGGAGCGUAUGAUGCUUCAGAUGCAACAAAUUUUAUCAUUCAAUGGAGUGUCGAUGAUUUAACCUUUUCAGAAUUCACUGAUAGUAACACCUUUACCUCUACUGUAUCGAUAACUUUUCCUGAAACAUGGACCAAUUCUGACCAUUACCAGAAAAUGAUUAUGAAAAUUGGUCAAUUAAGUCCAUCCAAACCCUUACCGUUAAGACAAGCACAACCAUCAUCGAACAAGUCCAAUGUAUCAACGACUCCAGGAGAACCUUAUUCACAGUCGGAAGAGGAUUUAAUUGUGACAUCCUUGCGGAAAGGAAUGAAUUUGGAACAAAUUUACCGAGAUUACUUUAAACACCGAACAUUUCAGUCGCUGAAAAAUAAGGUUCGACGGUUAAGAAAAAGGCAACUCUAUCACAAACAGCAACCAACGAAGAAGAGAUUGAAUAAGAGAAGGAUGGUUCCUAAUUCCACUGCUUCGACUGAUUCAAAGGAGUUAAGAAAACCGUUUUGGCAUGAUGAUACGGUUGAUCGUUUGAACAAGACUUGUCCCGUGUCAUGUUUUGCCAAGAAUGGUUUGAAAAUACCGACCCAAAGUUGGUUUACCCUCUCCGUUCGCCAACGAUGUCCAUCCACAAAACCACCUCCGAGCAAGAAGGAAUUGGUAGAAAAAGUGUGGAGUAAAUCAGAAACUUGGAAAAAGACGCCAUGUAAGUGUGGAAAUUCCAAGGUUAAAAGGACAGUCUGCUCGUUCAACGGACGCAAGUUUGGGUCAGAAAAGAAGAAGCUUGUUCAGGAAUUCAAGCAAGUAUCUGCGUUGGAGGAGUCUUUAACAAUGCUUCAAGAGAACGGAGUGAAUUCAUCCACGACUGCUGAGAAUGAAGUGAGUUCAUCUGCGACUGCUGUGAACGAAGUGAAUUCAUCCACUACUGCAGAGAAUGAAGUGAAUUCAUCUACGAUUGCUGAGAAUGGAGUGAGUUCAUCUACGACUGCUGAGAAUGGAGUGAGUUCAUCUACGACUGCUGAGAAUGGAGUCAGUUCAUCUACGACUGCUGAGAAUGGAGUCAGUUCAUCUACGACUGCUGAGAAUGGAGUCAAUUCAUCUACGAUUGCUGAGAAUGAAGUGAGUUCAUCUAUGACUGCUGAGAAUGGAGUCAAUUCAUCCACUACUGCGGAAUCAAAGGAAAAAGCUGAUGACACUAUCGAGAAAUUGCUAAAACAAAUUUACACCUCCUUCUCAAUCUCAAACGAAGACAAUUAUUUUGUGAGAACAAAGAAAGUGAGAUUGAAACUCACCUCAGAACAAAAGAAGGUCUUUGAAAGAUUUUUCUUCAAUUCUAACCAUGCUUAUAAUGAAGCAUGUCUCCUUCAUUUCAUGUUAGAGCAAAACAAGGGAAAAACACUCCUUACCACCACAGAAGACGAUUACUUUAAAAUUUUGAAGAAUCCCCAAACCAACCUGAGAUUCAAACAAACUAGGUGGCUAUGGGAUCAAGAGUUGAAACAUUGUCCAGCAGAUAUUAAAUUGAACGCUGUGAAAGACUUUGUCAAGGCUGAGAAAAUUACUAGAUAUAAAAACAAGCAAGCAGCAGAAAAGGAAUCCAAAGAGGCUGCCCGAAAGGCCAAAAAUAAAUUUCUAAAAGAUGUUCAAAAAGGAAAGAAGGAGAUGAUUACUGAUGAGGAAUUGAACGAAAGAUUUAAUCCCAAGCAUUUUGCUCGACAACCAUGA